AUGGGCAAGAAGAAAGCAAUACGCAUCAUAUUUCAAGAAGAUCCGAUUGAAACGGGAAGGGAAUACCCGGUUGUGUUCGAAUUCCGGAUACGCGAUUGGAUCGAGGUCAAAGAGGUUGGCGGGGUAUUUGAGGGCGUCUGCCGAUGCACGGUGGAUGGCCAGGAUACGGUACAAAAUGUGUUGACGGUGCCGUUGGACCUUGGCCAACUUUUACUGCAACAGAUGCCGCAUAAGGGCAAACCGAUGCUACCAGCUGGCGUCUAUCGUGUGCCCGGCGUUAUCAACAUCGCCACCGACACCCCGGGAUCGUUUCACGGCAAAUUCGGAGCUAUCGCUUAUCGUUUUCGGGUCACGAUGCGAGCAAAGAAAAACAACGAAGAAGCCACGCUGGCAAACGAACGAGAGAUUGAAGUUGUCGGUUCUGUUUCGAUGAGCUCAUUCCCGCAAUUCGAGAAGCCAGUGGCCGUCCAGAGGCAGGUCAAGCGAAAAUUUCUAUGUUUCAACAUCCUGGACGCCCAUAUAAAGAUCGACAUGGAAAAAGCGGCAUACAUGCCAGGUGAACACGUGCUGGUGAGCGGGGAGAUGACCAACGCGCCGCACUCAAGUCGCCUUCAACCCGUCCGACUCGAGUUGCGCCAAAAAACCGCGUACAAAAGCGGCAGCGGGGCUCGCAAAGAGAGCCAUACAAUUCGCCGGUUGGAUUGCGGAACGUGUGAAGCCGGCGAUUCACUGAAAAUACACCAUUCUCUGCCCGUCCCUGCCGACCUCUACCCCACCCUGUCGACCCCGAAUUCGGCGAUUCAGGUAUUUUACGAAGUGAUCGUGACGUCGCCGGGCUAUUUCGAGAUUGAUAUCCCGGUGUUCGUGGGAAAUCGAAAAAUUGCUCCACCCAGGCCCGUCCGCUCUCCAAGCAUCGCCUCAUCAGGAUCCUACGACAAAUCUUCACUCGGCUCAUCGUCAAUUCAUUCGGAUCCAUACUAUUACGUGCCGAUGAGCGAAUUUUCUGAGCGCCCACCCCCUUAUCCCGGUUUUCAGAGUCGCCCCUAUUUCAUCCCAAUUCACGUGAGACCCCGCGUGUUCCGCCCAAUGUUUGAGUCACCCUUCAGUGAAUUUCCACCCAGCUACUCGCCGCCUUUCCACCAAAGCUUCACACCCAUGACCAGCGGCCAACCAUCCCCCGCCAGGGAGCGUUUCCUCAAAAUUGAGGAAAUCGAA